GAAAAGUGUAUGCUGUUGAGUCCGAAAGUAGGGAUUCGUUCCUCGUUUCCGAACCUGCUCCCAGCGAGAUCGGACCUAUCGCCACCACAACCAAAAAGGCGACAACAAACAGUAAAGCUGAACGAAGAGGUGGCGAAGGACUACCUCUGGCUUCUUCUUCCACCUACUCGACUUCCUCCGCAGCCAAAGGCAGGGAAUUCCGCUGAUGUGUGAUGCGAUGCAGGCCUUCUUCCGCCUCGAGCCAUAGCAGCAGUGGUGGUGGGCAAACUGAUGGCACCGCCGCGCAAGAAGUGGACGGAGGAGGAGGAGCGAUCCCUCCUCGAUAAGUACGCCGAGAUGGCUGCUGACGAGUCCCUUUCCCGCCUCCGCACACGCGAGCGCCGCUUCCGCCCCAUCGCUGCCCACGUCAACGCUCGCCACCACGCCGCCGACCCCGCCGCCUACCCCUUCCUCUGGUCCUGGAAAGACGCCGCCACCAAGGUGCACAACAUGCGCCACCAGUACCUCCUCGUCAAGCGCAAGCUUCUCGUCCUCAACCGAACCUCCUCGGUUUCAUGUUCCGCCGACGCUGCCAUCGACGACUGGGCCAAGCAAGGCAUCUCCCACUGGCCCAACUUCCUCCGCUACCGCUCUAUCUUCGGCGAUGCAUCCUUACAGCCGGCGGACCCCGCCCCUGUUCCCGGGGUCCCCUUCGAUGAUGACGGCGAACUCGGCCUAGGGUUAGCCUUCGACUGCUGCACCGAAGGCGCCAGCGAGGGAGCCGAUCGUGAGAUCGAGGACAACGAGGGUUUUGAUUUCGAUGAUGUGACCCCUGUCUCCGCCGCGGUGCCACAGCAACUCUUGCUGCCUCCGGUGGUGGAGAUGGGCACGACGAAGAGGAGAAAGAAGAAUCGUACUGAGCAGCGGCGAGCGCUGGCUACUUGGUGGGGGUGGGAGGCGAGGAUGGAGGAGAGGGAGGCGGAACGGGAGAGUUUGAGGAGGGAGAGGAAACGGACGGCGGAGCAGGUGGAGGAGGAAAGGGAGCAGGGGAGGAGACAGGCAAAGCAGCAGUGGAGGGAGGAGGACCUGGAGUGGGAGGAGAGGAUGGAAGGGAAGAGGGCAGAAUGGAGGAAGCGGAUGGAGGGGAUGGUGAAGGAACACCAGGUUGAGAUGGAGCAGGUCCAGGCUCAAAUCCUCCAUGAGCAACAGACUGUGGUCGGUCAGCUCCUGGGAGCGCUAUCUCAAUGGGUGGCAAGCCCUGUGUUUGGAGGGUUCUCGGAUGGCAGCAGUGGUGCCGGAAUGGGAAAUCACCACCAUGAUCACCAUCAACACCACCACCAACCCAUGCCAUAUCUGUCUCAAAUGAUGCAGGGGUUGCACCACCAUGUUAACGGAAUUGUUUCAGCAGAGAAUCGGAUUGAUGGGGAUGCACAUGAGGAUCAUUUUAUUGUUGAUCAUUGAUUGAAUUUGGUAAUUUUGAUCACUUAUAUCACAAUAAGGGAUGUAAUGAGAUCACUCAGAUGGAGUAUUGUAGUGGCAGGCGUUUGCAAGAGGAAGAAGCAUAAUGCUUAGUGAUCAGAAUUGGAUUUUUGUAAAUGGCUUCAUGCUGGAUUGGAGGUACUUCAGUUGAACCUUUACGUGUGUUAUCUGUCCAGUCAUCAUUCUUUCUAUUCUUAGCUGUAAGAUUUUGGAGGACAUACAGUGACAGCAUACAAAUCCAUUGUGUGGUGUUCAAAGUUCAGAAUGUUGAAAAAUAAUGUUUAUAUAUACAGCUCUGAGCAGAAAUAACGUUCAGAAGCAUUGCACAUCAUGCUUCUGAACACUGAAAUUUGGGUAACAGAAGCUGCAGGAAGAAUUAUUCUUCAGGGAGAUAGCUUUUAGAUAGAGUUGUCUUUGGCAUGGAAUGGCUUGGCUGUAUUGGCUCUUCUACUAUGGACUCAUUGGGUGCUCUGCUGCCGGAAUUAUGGUCCUGACUGUAUAUUAGGAGAAUUUUGCUACCGCAGCCUUUAUGGAUGGAGUGGAUACAUGUGCAGUUCUCCGCUCAGCAGAGCAUCGUCAGGCAGAAGUUGGUAACAAACAAUAUCGGCAGAUGAAGAAGGGAUGCACCAUAUAAAUGAGCUUUUGUUUUGGUAACUUGGGUUUAUAGAAUGGCUAAGAGAAAAGUUAGGGAUGACAAUAAGAGCUGGAAUACUGGAUGCUUGUCUAGCUCAUCUGAAAGUGAUUUAGAAGGCUCUGUCAUUGUUGCAACAAUCAUGCAUAUACCUUGCAGUUUCAAAUUCAACAAAUGAAGCUGCAAUUACUUUGGAGUACUUGGAUGAGUCAGUGGUUUCUGAUUCAAAGAGACAAUAUCAGGAUGAGAUGCUGUCUGCCAUAGUUCUCUAGCUCUCCAUCGAAUGAAGAAAGAUCAAGGAUGGAAGUCCAGGAGGGUGGUGCAGAGGCUUCAGAUUCCUUGUGGGGACAUCAAAAUUAAGAAUAGAUCUGCAUCUGCUCCAGCACAUGCCCAAAGCUGUCGAUUGGUUUCUCCGUGGUAUGGUUGUGGACUCCCUCGUAAGUCGUCUCCACAAUGCCUUCGUCUUUGGAUAGCCGCUGCACCUGCUUCUUCACAUUGCAGCCUUGAUGUGUGCACCGGUAGUAGCUUCUGCAGCCAAAAGAAUCCAUAGUUCAAAGGAUUAGAGAGAGAGAGAGAGCUGAAAGUGCACAGGAAGCAUGAGAUGAGAAGACCAACCUUGGGAACUUGUUAUUCUUCACUGCCUUCUGGCCGUACUUCCUCCAGCGAUAGCCAUCGUCGAGUAUGUCCACAUGACUCCUGGUGUGGAAGGCGUACCGCUGCUUCUGCUGCUGCACCUUCUUCUCCUCCUCGAGAGGCGAUUCCACCUGAUGAGCUCCUUGCGCUUCAGAUGGAACCUGGGCGCUACUGAUCAUAUCGGACGGCUAGCUAGGAAGGAGCGCCGAGGGGAAGGCAAGGCAGACGACGGUGGUCGUUGCAGGGAGCUUUCCAUGUAUAUAUGGAGUGGUGGGUGGACGGUGGCGGCUGUUGGGUGCGAGAAGACAGAGAGAGAGAGAGAGUCGUGACCGGCAAGCAAGCGAAGGGUGCCGCCAUUCAUUGUAAAGGGUGGAUGAGACUUCGGCCACGUGUCCGCGUGCGAAAUGGUUCUCAAGAUUGCAUCAACUUGUGCAUCUGUUGUUUGCUAAUCUCGAUGCAAUUUGAAUCGUUUUUAGUGCAAAUCAUGUUAGCUCGUGUGACCUUUAAUUUUAUGCACAUAAAAAUGUGCGGAGUUCUAUAGUAUUCGUACGUGUUUCUCGAUUUAUCCUAUUAAUAUGACGGCAUUUAUCGAUCAUCUAUUCUAUGAA